ACACGUGCACCUUCACCAGCGGGAACCAUAUCACAGAGUCCUGCGUCUGACCGCGCGUCGUGUUACUAGCAUUUCCUGUGUCUCAUAUCUGGAAGCUACGAACUCUCCAAUGGAGCGAAGUAAUGCGAGAUGGGAGUGGUUCCGUUAUGAGGUCACGGCGAGGGAGCCGUACGCUCAGCAGCGAGCGCAAGCUGUAGACACGAGACGGACGCGAUAGCUGGAAACGUUUAUUCACACAGCUGAAUGAAUCUCAGUUGGCAACAGAAAAAUAACAGGACCGCGUUUCCUUCGACAGGGAACUAUUGAGAAAAAUCAGGCGUUGGCUUUAUAUGCGCAGGACAGGCUUGCAUACGAAAGACUCCAAGGAAGAAACGCGUGAGGAAAGUUUUCCUACGCGAAAACAAACUGGACGGAGCAGUGCAGAAAUCGUGACGCAUAAGCCAUGCACUGGUUGUACAGCGUGGGAUAGUUCUUCUGGUGUCGUUCGUUUGAAGGCGAUGUCUUUUUGGUGGCUUUCAUCAACAAAAGUUUGACGCCAGGAACGCUGUAUUAUUCUGUUCGACAAGAAAACGCGAAACAUUUCUCGCGCUCGUCCAGGGUCGCUGUUUUCUUCUGUUAUUUGUUGGUUUGGCUGGAGGAUCUGUUCCUCGUCAUUGUAGUUUGGGGGACAGGGGGUGGUUUGGAUAACUAUAUUUUUUCACUUUUCCUUCAUGGCCUCCUCCAGGAUGUAUCUUAUAAAAUGCAUGCUGAUUUCCCAACUUGUGGUGCUGAUCGCGAAGAACAGUCGGGCGCUCAUUUGUUUGCCCUGUGAUAAGUCCAAAUGCGAGGAGCCCAAGCACUGUACGGGAACCGUGGUGUUGGGGAUCUGCGGCUGUUGCUCGGUUUGUGCCAAGCAGAAGAACGAGAGCUGCGGCGGCGUUUACGGUCUGUACGGGACCUGCGACCGCGGACUCCGGUGCGUGAUCAGACCCCCGUUAAACGGCGGCUCCAUCACGCAGUACGAGGUUGGAGUUUGUGAAGAUGAAAACUGGGAUGACGACCAGCUCUUGGGCUUUGAGCCAUGCAAUGAAAACCUGGUUACGGGCUGUAACAUCAUUGAUGGGAAGUGUGAAUGUGACAGUGUACGAACAUGCAACAACCCAUUUGAGUUCGCUAGCCAGGAAGCCUGUCAGACAGCCCUGCAGAAGAUUGAAGAGGAAAGGCCGGACUGCUCCAAGGCGAGAUGUGAGGUACAGUUUUCUCCACGCUGCCCUGAGGACUCUAUAUUGAUCGAGGGCUAUGCUCCUCCAGGUGAAUGUUGCCCCCUGCCCAGCCGCUGCGUGUGUAGCCCAGCCGGGUGUCUGAGGAAAGUUUGCCAGCCCGGGCACCUAAACAUCCUUGUAUCCAAGAGCUCAGGCAAACCUGGCGAGUGUUGUGAUCUCUACGAAUGCAAACCAGUGUUCAGUGUAGACUGCAGCACAGUAGACUGUCCACCGGUGAAGCCCGUCCAGUGUCCGGCGGACAGCUAUGAAACUCAGGUCAGACUAACAGCAGAUGGUUGCUGCACCCUUCCUACCAGAUGUGAGUGUUUGCCUGGCUUAUGUACCUUCCCACAGUGCUCAGCAGGGACUUCCCCACAGGUCGUGUCCCGUAGCGAUGGAACACCUGGAAGGUGCUGCGAUGUGUUUGAGUGCGUCAACGAGACAAAGCUUGCCUGCACUUUCAACGGAGUGGAGUACCAUGACGGUGACAUGUUCAGGAUGGACGCCUGCCGCUUCUGCCGCUGUCAGGGCGGGGUGUCCGUGUGCUUUACUGCCCAGUGUGGCGUCCUCCACUGCGAACGCUACUACGUCCCUGACGGAGAGUGCUGUCCUGUCUGUGAAGACCCUAUCUACCCAAUGCUCAAUUUAGCCGGCUGUUAUGUGAAUGGGCAGAUCCUGGCACACGGAGACCAUUGGCGUGAAGAUGACUGUACCUUCUGCCAGUGUGUGAGUGGAGAGGCCCGCUGUGUGGCAGCGGCCUGCGGCCACAGCUGUCUCAAUCCCGUCACUGUGCCCGGAGAGUGCUGCCCUGUGUGUGAGGAGCCCACCUACAUCACGAUGGCGCCCCCUGCCUGCGGCUCACUGGACAACUGCACACUGGUGGAAAAGAGCUGCCUGUACGGCUUUCGGCAGGACUCCAACGGCUGCAGGACGUGCAGCUGCAAGACACAAGAAGAGUUGUGCAGUGCUCUAAUUGCCAGCUGCACUCUGAAAUGCCCUUUUGGCUUCCAGACUGAGAUUCACGGCUGUGAUGUUUGCCAGUGUCGCCCACGUCACAAGAAGUGCAAAGCUGUGGCCUGUGCCAAGGACUGCCCAUUCGGCUAUAUUAAGAACAAGCAUGGCUGUGACACCUGCCGUUGUAAGAAAUGCCCUGAACUGCCAUGUGACAUGUCCUGUCCAAUGGGCUUCCAACAUGAUGAGUUGGGCUGUCUGAUUUGCCAGUGUAAAGAUCAGAGCUCAUCGUCUGUGGCUCCAGCAGUGAAAUUGGGCUCCUGCCUGUCUAUGGACGGCCGCAGGCACGAGAACGGGCAGAGCUGGCAUGACGGAUGCAGAGACUGUUACUGCCAUGCCGGGAGAGAAAUGUGUGCCCUUAUUUCUUGCCCGGUUCCCCCCUGUGAUAACCCCACCAUCCGACCCGGCCACUGCUGCCCUACCUGUCCAGAAGAGUCCAGUUCCCAUAAACCGGAGCUGAGUGAGGCGUCCGUGUGUUUGGCUCCGGGUGGAGAGUACUUUGUGGAGGGAGAGACGUGGAACAUUGACUCCUGCACUCAGUGCACCUGCCACAGCGGCCGUGUGCUCUGUGAGACGGAGGUUUGCCCGCCCCUGCUCUGCCACAGUCCAAUCAGAACGCAGGAUUCCUGCUGCCCUCACUGUCCAGAUGAUCCAGUCACCCCUCAGGCGUCCAGUAACGACAGCAUGCCCAGCUACUGCAGGAAUGAGGAUGGUGAUAUCUUCUUGGCUGCUGAGUCCUGGAAGCCCAAUGUCUGCUCCAGCUGUGUGUGUCUAGAUGGAGCCAUCAGCUGCUUCUCUGAGUCCUGCCCACCGGUCACCUGCGUCCGGCCCAUGCUCAGGAAGGGCCAGUGUUGCCCAUACUGUCUAGAUGCCACGCCGAGGGCCGUGUGUUAUUUCAAUGGGAAGACUUACAUGGACGAGGAGCGAUGGGACAUUGACAGCUGCACUCACUGCUACUGCCUACAAGGCCAGACCCUCUGCUCGACUGUCAGCUGUCCCAUCUUACCCUGCCAUCAGCCGGUCACCGUGGAGGGCAGCUGCUGCCCCAUGUGUCCAGAGAGUUACGCUCCCACAAACGUGCCCAUCGAGAAGACAGACCAACGAGGAGACAAGCUGAGACAUCAACCAGCCUGGCCGACUCAUAGCGAAAACGAUAUUAUGCCACAGUUCAGAGGUGACUUCGGAAGUCUGCAGUUGCCCUACCUAGACGGCAAGGCACCAAUACCCAGUGAGGAUGCUGGUCUGCACUGGGCCUGGGUGGCACUGCCCAUCCUAAUGAUGAUGCUCACUAUCGCCGCCCUGCUGUUGGUCAACCAGCGUAAGCAGUGGAUCCCUGUGCCUUGCUACCACACUCCCAAUAAGCCCACAUGUCUCAAUAACCAGCUGGUGUAUGUGGACUGCCAGAAGGGGACGAAGGUCCAGGUGGACAGCUCCCAACGCAUGCUCCGCAUUGCAGACCCUGACUCAAGAUACAGCGGUUACUACAGCAUGCAGAAACACAACAACCUGCAAGCUGACAACUUCUACCAGACUGCGUGAGACACUGGAGAGAGAGAUAGAGUGAGUGAACUGGAAAGAGAGAGACUGAGCCCGUGUUCAACUGCCAAACCUUUGCGGCACAUGGACACCUACUAAAAAAAUUGUAGAGACGGACAAAGCCACCAAACCAUGUGGUCAGAGAAGAGACCCUGAUACCGAACAACAAUUAUAAUAUUCACAUAAGUCACUCGGAACAAAUCGAAAAAAUAUAUCACGCGUCGACACCCGAAAGUCUCAGCAGGAGAUGGAAGCCGUACCUAUGUAACCGAACCAUUACGGAGUGUGAUUGUUAAAUUGGAGAGGACUCUUCCAGAAUAUUUUUGUGAAUCAGAGGUAUGGUAGGUUGAGCAUCUUUUGUGUGUAAGCGUGAGAUUUCGUGGAUGUUCAGGCACAAGUUGAAAAUAGUCAAAUGCAAGUUUUUGGGAUUAGUACAACUGGGGUGUUGUUUUGGUUUGUUUUCAACAAUAUUUUUUCCUGCAUUCCUAACUUUUUCUGUUGGAAAAGAGAGAAAUUAUUUUAGGAGUGAUAACUUUUGACACAAGUGCUUGUGUGAACACUUAAUGCUGAACCAAAGCUCCUCUGUCUACGAAACCAGACCGGGCGAGAGGCCGAGAAAGGGACGUUCACUUCCCUGAGACAGAGGAGAUGCUGGACUGUGUAUGAAGCACAGCAGAGACAAGGGUAGAGGGAAAAAAGAGGGAAAAUCAGAUGUUGUUUUUGCAACAAAUGCAUUUUUGUAGAAGUUGCUACUGUAAGAUUGUGAUUUCCCCAGUUGCUGUGGGUGAGUUUGUCCGUUUUUGUUUUGUUUGUUCUCUUUAAAAGACAAAAGGAGGAAAACAGAGUAAGCUGCCCUGUGGAUAUGAGCUCUUCCUGUUAAUGGAUGUAUGGGGUCUAUAUGUUGUAUUUCUGCUUACAUGUACAAGCAUUUUCCCAUUUAAUCAUACAAACACCAUUUGCUUUUUCUCCCACAACUAAGGGCAGAUUGACACUCCUAGCAAAUCUAUAUUUUCCUGAAAUGAAUCAGAAGAUUUCAAAAUGAGAAGCAGGAACAUAGUGAUAGUGGAUUGGAUUUGAGGCUAUGCUUUACAAGUGCUGCUUUUUUUGCUUUGAUUUUUUUAAACCUCAUUUUGUAGGGAUGAAAACCAGUAGUGAGGAUUGUUUGCGUCUUUUAGAAACAUUUACCAAGAAAACAGAAUCAAAGGGCCUUAUUCCUGAAAUCCGAGCAGAAUGGAUUUUUGUGUAAAUCGCUCCAAAAAAAACAUUCCUAAGUUAAAAAAUGUUGUAAUGUUCGUGUACAUUUCUAACUGGGGUGUAAGAGUACACAUAUUCACACCAAAACAAAAACGUUGCUUCAGGACACAUUUUAACAACUGCAUGUGUGUGUGGAACGCAUACAGUAUAGAAAUCGUAAGGCAUAUCAAUAUAUUUUCAAAUGAUAUAUAGGAGAUUUAGGACAGUACUGUUUAUAUCAAUUUACUUUGUUGUGAACACAUUUGAAAAUUAACGCAGAACAAAAAGUGAGCUGCUGCGGGGGGAAAAAAUUCCUAAACAUGAGACAUGCUUUAUACAUUAAGAGUUUUAAACUAAUUAUGCCGUUUUCCCUCUUUUCAGAUGUGUGAUUCCUAAUGCACUUAAGAUGUGUUUUCAUCAGCACAUGGAAUCUUAGUUUUAUAUUUAUCUGUUAACGUUAAAAGUCAUGUCAGUGUUUCCAUUUUGCAAGAAGGCUCGCCCUGACAGUCAAUGAGUAUCCAUCAGACUUAAAGGGAUAGUUCACCCAAAAAUGAAAAUUUGAUGUUUAUCUGCUUACCCCCAGGGCAUCCAAGAUGUAGGUGACUUUGUUUCUUCAGUAGGACACAAACAGAGAUUUUUAACUGAAACUGUUGUAGUCUUUCAGUCUUAUAAUAUAAGUAGAUGUGAAUCAUGACUAAAACAUACAAUGAAACAUAAACAAAACCAAAUUAAACCCUGCGGCUCGUGACGAUACAUUGAUGUGUAAAAAUACAAAACGAUCAGUCUGUGCAAGAAACUGAACAGUAUUUAUAUAGUUUUUUACCUCUGAUUCACGCAAUGUCCGACCUGUUAGAACUCUCCUAAGCGCGUCCUCCUGAGCGUGUUCUCAAGCAGGCACGUGAGGAAGCUUCUUCUUCUUGCUCAAUUAGGAGUUUCAAUGAUGCACUUGAGAGAUAGAUGGUGGUAAUGCACUUAUAAGUCUGAGAGUUGCCUUAAAGCAAGAAGAAGAAAAAGCCUCCUCUUGCACCUACUGCUGAGAACACGCCCAGGAGGACGCAUUUUAUUAUAUGUUUUAGCCGUGAUUCCCAUCCACUUACAUUAUAAGACUAAUAGACUGCAACGGUUUGACUUAAAAAUAUCAGUUUGUGUUCUACUCAAGAAACAAGGUCACCUGCAUCUUGGAUGCACGGGGGGUAAAGCCCAAUUUAUACUUCUGCCACGAACCUACGCCAUAGGCGAUGUGUAGUACGCCAUAGCCUGACGUGCCCCUCUCCAAAAAUCUAACAGACUGCAAACGCUGUGAUUGGUCUGCUAGAACCCCUACCUCCUUAUGUACUUGACAUUUGUGUGUGUUUAUGUGCACUUUAAUAUAUUUUAAUGUUACAUGUUCUUAUAUAAAAUAAAAGAAAGCAAAGAUCAAGUGUCUUAUCAUUUAUUAUACUACAUAGCAUUAUACAUCAGUAGUUGUCCACAUCCAACAAUGUUGAUCUGCCGUAGUACAAGUCCUUGCGCAGUUUGAAAGAAUGCCAUAUUCUCCUGUUCCGUUGUUGUCUCCUUUUGUACUUUUAAAUAAUGAUUUGAUAUUUAUUUUCCACUGUCGCGCCUAUAAUGCUUCUCUGAUGAGCCGCUUCUUCUUUGGCUUUUGUCAUAGUCUGCGGGUUACACCAGCAACAUGCCCGUGGACACUGCAGACUAGCGGUUUGCAUGUUUACUGCAUGUAAAUGCGGACAAUGACGCAGAAAUAUAAAUGAAAACUGAAACGCUAAGAAAAGCUAAUUUAAAAAAAAUGUAAAUUAACAUUUUUGGGUGAACUAUCCUUUUAACAGACUUUACUGAAGGAGCAGCAAUGCAUCUAUGCACAUCAAACAGUCAGAGCACAUAAAUUUUGAAUAAAAUAUUAAGUUAAUAUAUUUUACAUCCAAAAGUGGGAACACUUCAAAUCUCUGAUGGAAA